AUGAGAGACGAAACUGUUCAUGGUGAUGCUGGACUCCAUAGCAUAGCAAUGGCACAAGAAGAGCAAGGCCUUUGAUUUGGAGUCAAAACUCAUUUCAUCACGCUUAUGCUGAUGUUCAGUCAAGGUCAUAAAAUGCAGGAUCAGGAACAUUUCUGUCGAAAUCUCCUUCUAACAAACGGCAGGGCUCUGUGCUUUAUGUUGUCCUGGAGCAGGUUGACCAAGGAUCACCUGUUCAAGCGUAGCAUCAUUUUGGUUAAGGCCUGGUGCUGUUAUGAGAGUCGUUUCCUCGGUGCCAACACUGAACUGAUUUCAACAUAUGCAUUGGCCAUACUGGUCCUUUAUCGGUGA